AUGCCGCCUCAAGAGAGAACCGAUUUUGAAGUUUUCGAAAGCAGAAAAACAGAUCCUUCUUCAUCAAAAAUCCGAGUUGGUCUGAAUGGAUUUGGCAGAAUUGGCCGGUGCGUCACUAGAAUCCUAGCAGAGCGGGAAAAUAUCGAAAUCGUCGCCAUCAAUCACUGCGGGCCGAUUGAUUACAUGUGCUACAAGCUAAAGUACGAUUCGACUCAUGGAACCUUCAAUGGAUCGGUCGAGCCGACACAGGAUGGCGAUUUGAUGCUGAAUGGAAAAAGGGUUCAUGUUUUUUCAACAAGAGACAUCAACGAGCUGAACUGGGCGUCAGUCGGAGCGGAUUACGUCAUCGAGUCAACAGGCGUCUUCAACAGUCUGGAGAAAUGUCAAGCUCAUCUCGACAACGGCGCCCGAAAAGUGAUCAUCACCGCGCCGAGUCCAGAUGCGCCCAUGUUCGUCUUUGGCGUUAAUCAUCAGCUUUAUUCUCCAGAAAUGCGGGUGAUUUCGAAUGCGUCCUGUACUACGAAUUGUCUUGCGCCAGUGGUGAAGAUUAUAAACGACAAUUUUGGCGUCAAAGAAGCGCUAAUGACGACUAUUCACUCAUACACCGCUUCACAGACACUUGUUGAUGGUUCUGCGAAAGGCAAAAAGAGCUGGCGAGAUGCUAGAGGCGGCGCAGUAAACAUCAUUCCUGCCACGACUGGCGCCGCAAAAGCUUGCACAAAAGUGAUUCCCGAACUUGCUGGAAAAAUAACUGGCAUGGCGUUUCGAGUUCCUACCCCGAAUGUGUCCGUUGUCGAUCUGACCGUCAAGUUGGAAAAAGAAACGAGCUACGAGGUGAUUAUGAAUACGAUCAAAGAUUCGGCGGUUGGAGACUUGAAAAACGUCGUUCAGGUCACUGAUGUUCCGCUUGUAAGUUCUGACUACAAUACGACGCCAUUCAGCUCGAGUGUUGAUGCAGCGGCUGGAAUGGAAUUGAACUCGACUUUUUACAAAAUCAUCAUCUGGUACGACAACGAAUGGGGAUACUCGCAGCGAGUUGUUGAUCUUCUUCAAUAUGCUGCAUCGAGGGAAAAAACGAAGAUCAAAUCAACCAUCAAAGAAAUUCUAGAAGACACUGCCUGA